GGCAGAAGUGAUCGACAUGGGCGUGACGGGCAGGCGCUCCUCCGGCCCCGGGCCCGCGGGCGAGCCGCACGCCCACCUCACGCUCGCCAUCACGCCCGCGCCCACCGCGCACCACUACCAGCACGUGCAGGGCGGCUUCAUCCAGUCCGAGCCCGCGCACCACCGGCCCCAGGACGAGGAGGCGCUGCAGGCCGGACUCACGAGGAGGAAGCGCGCCGACCAGCCGGCGGACCAGGAGGCCGCAGCCUCGUCCCAUGAGGAGGACGUCGACGAGGAUGUCGCCGAGGACGACGCCGAGGCCGCGGCCAGCGGUGGCGCCGGCGACGACGGCGACAUGUUCCUGGAGCCGGACGCGGCGGGCGGCCACGCGGGCGCCGUCCCUACCGGCGAGCCCGCCGCCACCACCGACGCUACCGGGGCCCCUCAGAACCUCUUCCCGGCCUUCCAGCCGCUGUUCCCCCUGGGACACUCACGGCCACCCAUCUUCCAGGUGAGUGAGGAACCCGCCUUCAGCCAGCGUCAGGCCCUUCUCCGGCCGCAGCAGUACAACCCGUACAACCCGUACGUGGAGGCGCGCGAGCCCCGCCUGGAGUUGGCCGCCCAGCACGCCGCGCAGCACGGCUUCAGGGAGCGCGCCUACCCGCAGCCCGCCGCCCCCAUCGCCGCCCCCGCCGAGCUGCACUCCAACGCGCUGCUCGGCUCAGGCAACUUCGGCGUCAUCCACGGAGGCACCUUCUACGGCGAGGAGAAGGAGUCCCAGGUGAGUGAGGACUACGACUCCCCGUCAGCGGCGCUGCACUCGUUCUACGGGGGCAACGGGCACGGCCGCCCGGCCUUCUACCGAGGCAACCCCGAGCCGCAGCGCUAUCGCACCUCGGAGGACUUCUUCGCGAACUUCCGCGACUUUGCCGACAUCUCGACGCCGACCAAGUCUAGCUUCAGCGAGUACUACGUGGUGUACGUGAACCGCAACGCCUCGCGCGCCGACCCCGGCACCAUGGUGGGGCCCGACGGCCAGGCCGUGGUCGCGGCCGCGCCGCAGCACCUCCCCGUCAGCAGUGGCAGCGGCAGCACCGGCAACAGGCCCAACAACAUCUUUGAGCGGCUCGCGCAGAUCGACCGUGAACACGCCGCCGUGGCAACGCACUCGACCGCCGCCGCCGACGAGGCCGUCGUCCCGAAGAAGAAGCUGUCUCUCGGCAAGCGGAAACUGGCGCUGCUCGACAAGAAGAAGGGCGGUAAGAAGGCCCUCGCGACCAGAGAGGUGGAGCCCGAGGCGCAGCCCGAGACGCAGCACGAGCCGCUGCUCGCACUCAGCUGAGCGCCGCGGCCGCGGGACCAUGAGGCCCCAGGACCGGCACCGUCAGACCACGGCCGCCUCCUGCACGCCAACACAAGGCCGGAUAAGGACAGGGUGAUCUCUCCGUUCCGACGGUGGACUCCAGACCGGAUAGGCUAUCCACCGAAGCGGCCCGAUUUGGCGAUCAGAAAGGCAAGCGGCCUCUGAGGAGGACCUUGGCCCGAAAUUUCACGCUCUUAGGACAAAGUGAACCAUAGCAUGACUCUGAAAACCUUCGAGGAAAAAUACUCGCAUGCUGCAGGACGAUCCUUCGUCUCACUCUUGUUAAGUGGGGGAAGUCCCAUAAGCUACUAGAUUCGUUGGUGGGUUGCGGCGGUGCACGGGUAAGUGGCCAAAACAACCUUAAAAAGCUCAACGUUUAAAUUUGUGUUUGAUAGUUUGAGAAAUGUUUCUGGCGGUCUGUUAAGACAAGAAUAGAAAACAAAUGUUAUACAUUCCCCCAAUAAAUGUCUAUUAAAACUAAGGAACGUCUAAAUAAACAAGUAGCACGGAAUUACAACAACAACAAAAAAGAAUUCUUCAUUCAGAAAUUUUUGAUAAAUUUGAGAAAUCAAAACAUUUUGUUGUUGUUUUGGGGGGAAUAAAGCACUUGGGUAUCUAUUGGGAGGGGAGGGGAGGGGGGUUUCUAUAAUCAGUAUUUUUCUACAUGCAAGAAUUUCUUUCUAGUGUUAAAGAGGCAUAAAGCUAUUUUCAUCUGAGCAACUGUGUUAUUGCUUCAGAUUUUUUUUUAAAUACUUAUAAGGCUGACUGCUAAAGAAAAACUGACAACUCUGAAGUAAAUAGAAGUAUUACUAGUUCAAAUUAUGGUUGUUGCAGCAGAAUCAAACUCAUAAUGUAAGGCAAGAAUUGUGUACAUAAAUAUGUGAAGAUAUAAAUCAUGACACACCUUUUUCACAUUCAUAAUAUUAUUUUGAUUUUAUAAUACUCCUUGUCUUUUCUCAUGACUUCAUCCCAUAUCUUUUGUAAAUAGCAUUAUAUUUCAUUAAAGCACAUUUGAAUAGCUGUAACUGUAGCAAUACGAUCUUUAUAUCCUUAUAUUUUAAUAAUAUAAUGAUUCCUACGUAAAGGGGGACUGCAACCUAGAUAUCAAAUGUGUGUAAUCAACAAACCAAAAUUUAACUUGUCAUUCAACUUGUUAAAAUUAAGUCAAAACAAAUGUUAGAAAUUUGUUUAAUAACUGUCUCCGUGUCUCUGAUUUAGUAAUAUGUAUGUAUAUUUGGAUCGCUGUCAGUUCAUUGUCAUUGUUGUACUCUGAACUGCUUUUUCUUUCAUUGUGUGAACGGCUUAAAAGACAUGAAAUGACUCGAUGUAUUAUUUUAAAUAAUCUAGCCCCUUUGAUGUGGUAUUGUUAUUUUGUUUGUUGUUGACUUUUGUACAUAGAGAAGAGAAGAAAACAAA